CACAGCUGUGUCUGCAGUGAACGCAAUGACUCCGGCGGCGUGAUUAAGAUGAAGUGCAGCUGGCCAGGCUUGAUUUCCUUAAUUCCUUAGCUGUGUGUUUACAGAUUGUCUACCGAAUUCAGAGAAACUCCCUUCCUAGAGACAUCCAUAUUACAGGGAUCCUGGAUGGGUGAAACACAAGCCGAUUCAAUUUAGCGCAGAACAGGACAGGUACAGAAUACCAUAACGAGAUUUCUACAGCCCUGGGACCAUACUUCUUGUGUUAAUUGUUUUCAGUGUUUGGAGUUGGGCUCCUGCCAUGUGCUAAUGUAGGCACAAGCUCCGAAGGGUGCUGUGGAGACUGGAGCCUCCCUCGAAGGAGUGGGACCUGUGCUGUCACUUUUGGACAGAAUGGGAAACCUGAUUGCAAAAGAAAGCUCAGCUGUUGAAGAGACCGAUCAGCAGACUGGGGGACAGGGUCCUGUUGAUCAUGUGUCCUACAUGCCUCACGAGGGACAGGGUCCUGUUCUUCCCUUCUCCUAUAUGCCUCAAUCUCAUACCUCCCCAGACAGGGCAGCGCUCAGCCCCCCACCACACUCCACUCCUGCAGUACCAGGCAAGCCAGACAGGAGUUAUUCUGAGGACAAUGUCACCAUGGACACAGGUGAGGAUUGGUCUGCUGACAGGAGCAGUGAUAGAAGAAAAGUUUCUCUACCUGUGACACUUGGACAGGACCUGCCCAGUGAGGAUCUCUCCAGGAGCCAGGAAAACUUGGUGGUGUUGGACAGCACAAGACGCUACAAGGAGGAGGGAAAACCAGUACAGACUGCGAACUGGGAUAUCCAGCCAGACAAUGCCACCAUCCAUCAUGUGAGAUGCACUUCAGCCAUCAAGGACUCUGGGUAUUUAAGCCCAGCACACUCCGCACAGAGACACUGCAGCUCGCCUCCAUCCCCAGAGACAGUCUCUGAGCCACAACGUGAUCAAAAAGACUGCAGUCCGGUGCACUGGGGUGAGAAGGACAGUGGCCUGGAUCAUUCAGCCGAGCAGGACAGCACAGUAGCAGAUUCACCAGAUGACCUGGAGGGGUUUGUGAAGGAGACCAAGGAUAGACUCCGCUGUUCUGAGUGUGGGACUCAGAGUGACUCUGCAACUGCUACUGACAGUGAGUCUGUGAGGUGCUUGCAUAUGGAAAAAGAAGACUUGCUGACUGAAAUAAAAAGUUUAAAGGAGAAGAUGAAAGUGGACUCGGAAGAGUGGAGUCAGUUCCAGGCUGACCUGCAGGUGGCAGUGUCUGUUGCAGACAGGUUGAAAUCGGAGGCAGAGGAUGAACUGAGCGUGCUCGGAACAAGAUUACAGGAGACUGAGGCAGAGCUGAGUGCUCUUAGGCUAUUGCAUCAGGAGACGGAGAAAGAGUUUGAUGCUCUUAAGGUAUCGCAUGAGGAAACGGUGUCAGAACAGGUCAUGCUCAAAGCAGCCUACCAGGAAAUAGAAGCGGAGCUGAGGGUGCUCCGAACAGGUCGUCAGGAACAGCAGGUGGCGGUCUGCUGCAGAGCACAGGACAAGCACGAGAGGAGCAGAACACUGGAUGCAGGAGAGCUGCUGAAAGAGAGACACCUCUUCAAACUCCCCCUGGCCUCCCUGCCUCCCCCUACUGUGAAUGGAGACUCGCACCACUGGAAAUCCACACAGUCUUCCACACAGCUACAUUCCAAUGAGAAGGAUAAAGCUUCCAGAGGAUGGAGGGUCGAGAAACCUGAGGAGUAUUGUGGGAGCCCAGCACUCACUGCUGCAGGUGUGCAUUCUGAGAAGUUCUUCAUAGAACAGGAAAAUAUAUACAGUGCCUAUAAGAAAAAGCAGGACGACCUAACUCUUGCUCUACAUAACCCUGUUGGGAUGGCAACCUUGGCAUCUUUAGAAAAUAAGAUCAGACAGAGGGAUGGUUUGAGCUCUCUGUUGAAGCGUCACGGUGGCUCAAAGAGAAAUUCACUUCUGCGCUGGUGCCAGAACAGGACAGAGGGCUACCAGAAUAUUGACAUCACCAACUUCAGCAGCAGCUGGACAGAUGGCCUGGCUUUUUGUGCUGUCUAUCAUACAUACCUACCCAACCACAUCCCCUACAGCAGACUGAGCCCUCUCAACAAGAGAGAUAAUCUGACCUUGGCAUUCAAAACUGGUGAUGGUAUAGGAAUACCACAAUCUCUGACUGUGGAGGAGAUGUUGAGAGCUGAAGGACCAGACUGGCAGCGAGUGCUGGAGUAUGUGGAAUGUAUCUACAAGCACUUUGAAAUGUGAACACUGGAAAUGCCAACUGCAGGACUCAAACAAUGUGACAUUCCUCUGAAUCCCCAGUGUGUGUGUGUGUGUGUGUCCUCACAGCAGGAAUCAUCUGCAGCUGACCACUGUAACCAUUGCAAGCUGUCAUCCCACCUGAACACAAUAUGGUGCUGUACAGCAGAUGUGGAGCUACACUGAUUCACUUCUUUCAAGCUGCUGGUUAAUUGGAAAGUAUGGUAUUUUGAAAUUCGCUCUUGAAAGACUGACGUCAGUUCUACUCUGGGGCUGGGGUCUAUUUAUCUGGGAAACCUUAUUUUGAUGCUUUUUAUGAAGUUAUGUACAGAGCAGGUGUUGCCCUGUAGCUGAUAAAUAACAAGGGUAUAUUUUAGUUGAAAUGGAAGGAUGUAUGAGUCAGCAAAUUGUAUUUAAUCAACCCUACUGAACAGUAACACAUGUCCCAAAUGUUACUUUAUACGCAGCAUAUACCAGAUGGAUUUUUUUUUUAAAGGGCAUAGUGUUGAGGUUUUUCUUUUUUUUUAUCCCUUAAUCAAGGUAUGUUUUUUGUAAAUAAGGAGUAUACUUUAUUUGUCACUUUUUGUGAAAACUACUCCUAAGUGUCUGAUUUUUUUCAUGUUUCCUGAUUUCAAACUGAACUUGUCCAAGUACUAAUGCAGUUCGACUUUGGCUGUUCAGAUGGCACCUUCUUUAUCUGAGCUGGACAGGUGUGUUUUCACAAAAAAAACCUUAAAUUAAUUUAAAAUUCAUGUAAAGCAAGUGUGAAUUGUUGCCAAAGGUUUUGUAACAUGAAGAAAAAAGUAAAGGAGCUGCUAAUCCUGAUACGUUGAACUGAAAGAUUUGUAUCGGCUGUAUCUAUGAGAGUGUUGACAGCAGGUUUAUAUCGGCUGUAUGUAUACAAUUGACAGCAGACUGAAAACAUUAUGUGGAUGUGAAAUACUUUUGUUAAAUAUUUCAAAUAAAGUGAAUAGCUUACUAAAACAUAUCUGAUUAUAUUGAGGAUAUAUUCACUAACAUCCCUUUAGUCCUGGACUCCCCAGAUGAAACCGCUAAAGGGAUUUAUAGUAAGCCAAGCUCCACUGUGACACACAAGCCUAUUGCUGUUGUCACAAGGAUUCAGUCUUUUUUCUUGUUUUGUUAAUAGAUUGGAAGGAAACUGAACUGUGUAUUUCUCUGUGUGACGGAGCACACACAACAAGGAUUUAAGCAGAA